GCACCAAACGAGCUAAGGAGGUCUAGAGUAGGAGGGUUAAACCAAACCAAACAAAACAAAACCAUGAUGAUGAACAACAGAACCUUGAAGAAGACAACUUCAAUGGGUUUCCAAAACCCUCCUCAAGCCGCAACAUAUUACCCAACAAAGUCUCCUCUCAUUGAAUUCCCCACCUCUCCUCAACUAAUCUUUGGGCAAGAGAUACUUCAUUUCAGUCACCCACAGCAUCCUCUGUCGCGAAUUGACCUGCCUGACCUGUUCACCUGUUCGGGCUGCAAGGAGUUUGGUGCAGGCAUGAGGUUCACUUGCCAACAAUGUGAAUUUCAGCUCCAUGAGUUUUGUGCCAGGGCUCCUGAUGCUCUCAAGGGCCACCCUUUCCACUCCCACCACCAACUUUCUUUCUAUUCUAAACCAGUGAAAGGUGGAAGUUCAAAAUCGAAGUGUGAUAUCUGUAGUAAGCCUAUCAAAGGGUUUGCUUUCAGAUGCAAUGCCUGUAGUUUCCAGAUGCACCCUUCCUGCGCUAUGCUAUCCACGACCUUUAACACCCCGGGCCAUGUACAUACCCUUAGGCUUUUACCUGCAUCAAAUGGCGACCUUGGUUUUGUGUGUGGUGAGUGCCAGAGGAAGAGGUCAGGCCGAGUAUACCAUUGCACUGUUUGUGAUUACCAUCUCCACGCGGUUUGUGCUAAAGAUAUGAUUAAUGGGCUCCAUGACAAUGGCAUCAAGGGAGUCGAAAAGCCAAGCAUGCUAGGGACUGCGGCUCGACUUGCGUCUCAAGUUUUCGUAGAGUUCAUUGGAGGAAUAAUUGAAGGUCUUGGCGAAGGUGUUGGACAAGCCUUUGCUCAAGAUAUUAUCAAAGGAAAGGGCACUGAUGGCACUAGUGGCACUACCAGAAGAACUGAGUAAAGUUACUAUAUGAAGUUAUAAACUGUAUUAUAAUUAAGUUUUUGUAUCUAAGAUGGAUCAGUGUGCUUGGUAUCGUUUAUACUAUGCAGCUUGUAUAUAGCGGUUUCUUAAUUUGUUAUUAAGGGUUAACUGCUAAACUAAUUUGAAGUGUGUUAAAAUUGUGUGCGCUUUGCA